AACUAAAUAUUUUUUCUCAAUAAUAAAAUAAGAACACUUCUAACAAUGGAUAAUUUGAAACAGUUCAACACCAUGGCAUCUGACGAGAAUUGGCGUACUCCAAAUUUCCGACAAAAUGUGGUCACAAAGAUAGAGGAAGUCAUACAGAGAUCUGGUAUGCAAGUGGCUAGAAACAGUAGUGAAAUGGAGAACCAUGUUUUUUCAAAGGCAAAGACUCGUGAGGAAUACAUGAACAUGGUUGCUAAACUAAUACUGCAUGUGAGGGAGAUGUCCCAACCAAAACAAAAUCCAGGGGCACCUAAUAUGCAAGGUCCGAAUCAGAACCAGCCUGGCCCUAACCCUCAAGUUCAAGCCCAGCAAGGUCAGACCCCGCAGGCCCCUAAUGCUCAAGGAGGCAUGAAUCCUGACCCUAUAAAUGCACUGCAAAACUUAGCAUCUCAAGGAUCCAGGAACCAGAUGAUGAAUAUGGGUUCCCAAGGGCAGAUGCAACAACAGGGGGUGCUCGGGCCCAACCCUGGCAUGGGAGGCAUGCAGCAGCAGAUGGGACAACAAGGACCCAUCGUCUCACAAGGUGGUCCUCAGGCCCAGACAGCUACUAAUUUGCUACAAACUUUGACUCAGCGGCCACAGAUGAAUAUGCAGCAGUUACAGAACAAGCUGGGUGGUGGUAUGGGAAUGGUUCCAAAUCAGGGGCAGAUGGGGAACAACAUGGGGAUGGGAGGUAUGGGAAAUCCAAUGGGAAGUCAACUGCAAAGUCAGUUAGCUGGACCGGGCAUGCAGGGCCAGAUAAUGCCCAAUAUGUCUAUGCAGAAUAACAUGUCCGUGCCAAUGAGUGCUGCUAACUCCAUGGGAGGUCAGAUGGGUGGGCCAUGCAACCAGGUGGGAGGCAUGGGGGGGCAGAUGACCCCAAAUUCUAUGCAGGGACAAAUGCCAGGGCAAAUGGUUGGCAACAUGAGUAACAACCAGAUAGUGGGUCUGAACAUGCUGCACAUGCAGGGGCGUGUGCAGCCUAAGCCUGAGGUGGUUGGCGGCAUGCUGGGUGCCGCCUACGGGCAGCGCGCGCCCGCCCCCAGCCAGUUCCUGCGCCAGAGCCCCUCGCCCUCCGCCCCCUCGCCCAAUAUGGGUGGGCCCAGUCCUGUCUCCAUGGGUGUAAUGGGCGGGGCGGGUGUAGGCGGCGGUCCGAUGCCGUCCCCGCUGUCGGGACUGGGCGGGCUGGGCGCGUGCGGGGGCAGCCCCUCCCCCUCGGCGCCGCCGCAACACAUCGCACACCACGUGGCACAGCAGCAGAGAGGUGUAGGCAUGGGUAUGGUGGCGUCGCCGUCGUCGUCGCUAAACACCCCAGUGGGGGGCGGAGUGGCCUCUCCCGGAGGAGAGGAGGCCGCUUACCGGGAGAAGGUGCGCCAGUUGUCCAAAUACAUCGAGCCUUUGAGGAGGAUGGUGCACCGCAUGAUGAGCGAGGGAGAGAACGUGGAGAAGCUGACCAAGAUGAAGAACCUGCUGGAGAUCCUGCAGAGCCCCAACAAGCGCAUGCCGUUGGAAACGCUCAUCAAGUGCGAAGUGGUGCUGGAGAAGCUGGACUUCAAGCGCAGCGAGGGAGUCGUCGUGGGCCUGCCGCCCGGGAAGGAGCCGAUCUACAACCCGUUAUUAGAAGUGGUGAACAACUGCCUGCAGUCACCGCUCGCGAACCACACGCUCAAGCGAACGUUCGGCUCCACGCUCGACGCGCUCAACGGGCCUGAGAUCAAGAACUUGCCACCACCACAUAAAGUUCAGAAAGUCGAAGAACCGACAAUGGAUAUUCCGGACGUGCUGCAGGGUGAAAUAGCAAGAUUGGAUUCCAGGUUUAAGGUGUCAUUGGAAACGAUGCAGCUGUCGGGCGGUACCGGUGCGAUCUCGCUCAUAGCUCAGUUAGACGACGCGCGGUUGCCGUGCGUGCCCGCCGUGCACGUGACCGUGCCGCGCGACUACCCGGCGCACUCGCCCGCCAGGAUGCGGACCACCAGGCGGCGGGACACCACGCCCCCCGACUCGUUCCUGGCGCGCGUGGAGCGGGCCAUGGACGCGCGAUGUGCGAGGUCAGUGACCCGCGGGUGCAGCGCCACACGUGACCGUGCCGCGCGACUACCCGGCGCACUCGCCCGCCAGGAUGCGGACCACCAGGCGGCGGGACACCACGCCCCCCGACUCGUUCCUGGCGCGCGUGGAGCGGGCCAUGGACGCGCGAUGUGCGAGGUCAGUGACCCGCGGGUGCAGCGCCACACGUGACCGUGCCGCGCGACUACCCGGCGCACUCGCCCGCCAGGAUGCGGACCACCAGGCGGCGGGACACCACGCCCCCCGACUCGUUCCUGGCGCGCGUGGAGCGGGCCAUGGACGCGCGAUGUGCGAGGUCAGUGACCCGCGGGUGCAGCGCCACACGUGACCGUGCCGCGCGACUACCCGGCGCACUCGCCCGCCAGGAUGCGGACCACCAGGCGGCGGGACACCACGCCCCCCGACUCGUUCCUGGCGCGCGUGGAGCGGGCCAUGGACGCGCGAUGUGCGAGGUCAGUGACCCGCGGGUGCAGCGCCACACGUGACCGUGCCGCGCGACUACCCGGCGCACUCGCCCGCCAGGAUGCGGACCACCAGGCGGCGGGACACCACGCCCCCCGACUCGUUCCUGGCGCGCGUGGAGCGGGCCAUGGACGCGCGAUGUGCGAGGUCAGUGACCCGCGGGUGCAGCGCCACACGUGACCGUGCCGCGCGACUACCCGGCGCACUCGCCCGCCAGGAUGCGGACCACCAGGCGGCGGGACACCACGCCCCCCGACUCGUUCCUGGCGCGCGUGGAGCGGGCCAUGGACGCGCGAUGUGCGAGGUCAGUGACCCGCGGGUGCAGCGCCACACGUGACCGUGCCGCGCGACUACCCGGCGCACUCGCCCGCCAGGAUGCGGACCACCAGGCGGCGGGACACCACGCCCCCCGACUCGUUCCUGGCGCGCGUGGAGCGGGCCAUGGACGCGCGAUGUGCGAGGUCAGUGACCCGCGGGUGCAGCGCCACACGUGACCGUGCCGCGCGACUACCCGGUGUACUCGCCCGCCAGGAUGCGGACUACCAGGCGGCGGGACACCACGCCCCCCGACUCGUUCCUGGCGCGCGUGGAGCGGGCCAUGGACGCGCGAUGUGCGAGGUCAGUGACCCGCGGGUGCAGCGCCACACGUGACCGUGCCGCGCGACUACUGCUGCGGCCACGAGGUGGUCGGCCUAUAUUAACCUUCCUUUCCUUUCCUUGCACGGGUGGAACGAGCUAUGGACGUUAAGUGUGCAAGAUCAGGCACCCCCCAGUACACUUGCCAGGGCAUAACCUUUGAAAGCGCUGAACAUUUUGAAAUUAUAUAUUUUCUUUUGAUACAAAAUAUCCUCGUGUCUAACCAUGAACAGCUCUUACUACCAAUAUAACAUUUUCAUUUAACGGAAUAACAGAAUUUAUGUGAAUAUAUUUUGCAUCACAUAUUUCCGAAAUUCUGUAGCUAGACAAUCUUCCACAGUAAGUUAACUCGUAAAUCUAUUUUGCAGGCUUCCUAAACGCUGCUCGGUUGGACAACUCCUCGACGCUUGGGAGAUGAGUGUGCGGCAAGCAUGCGCGCCCAACCCGGCCGCGUACUCUCCCGUGCCAGCCCUUGGCCUAUAAUCACCCAAAUAAUUACCUUGGGGAGGGAACAAGGCUACAUAAAUUACAGAAACACAUGAAUGAAGUGUAUAAGUGCAGCAUUGAAGUGUUUCAGCGACAGGUCUCAAGAAUUACAGAAAGUUGUUAUGUGAAGUGUUUAAGUGCAGCAUUUGAGUGUCUCAGCGACAGGUCACAAGAAUUAUAGAAAGAUGCGAAUGAAGUGUUUAAGUGCAGCAUUUAAGUGUCUCAGGGACAGGUCACAAGAAUUACAGAAAGAUGCGAAUGAAGUGUAUAAGUGUAGCAUUUAAGUGUCUCAGUGUUAAAGGUCUCAAGAAUUACAAAAAGACAUGAAUGAAGUGUUUUAAGUGAAGCAUUUUAAGAAUGUUGUACAAGCGCCUAAUAUGUCAAUGGACUUUGUGUCAAAUGUAUGUCAGCGAUAUGAAAAUGCUUAUGAAGUCUGUGAGCAAGCAACCAGAUGUUUGUGCAAGAUUUUUUAUAUUUUUACAGAUUAUUAAAUUUUUCAAUAAAAACACGAAUGGAAAAAAAAUCAUAAACGCUAUGUAUGGGUCUCUUGAUAUAUAAAGUCAAGGGAGUCUAUCUUUUACCACUUUAAGGCAAUUUAAAGUUUUUGACCAUUACAAUGAUCAAGAUUAUUAAUAACGCUGUGAAGAUUUUGUCACCGGUUUUUCUCCACACUCAUAAAAAAUUUCCUUAACAGGCGGAAGGGAAAUAAAUAUGGACAAUUCAAAAGAGUUGUAUUAUUCUUUCAAUUUGAAAAAAGAAAUUUUGAUUUAUUUAUUUUUAAUUUGAAUGUAAUAUUUUUUCAACAUGUGCAUGAAUAGAAGUUAAUUUUUUACGUAAUUGAGAUAAAAUUUGCAACUAUUCAAUAUAAAUACAAUAUUAUGAUUGUGCUGUUAUGGACUUAUUGUUACAAAUGCAUGAAAUGAAUAAUUGAUUAACAUCUGCUUUCAUGUUUUUUUAUUAUUAAAUUUAAAAAUAAAUGUGUGUACAAUUAUGAAUUUUUGUAGAACUGUUCUUCUCAUUAUUUGUUUUUUUUUUAAUGACAGUUAUAUUGCAUAGUAAUAAGCUUACCUCUUUUGACAAUAUACAUCUUGAGGUUAUAUCUCCCAAUAGGGUAUUUGAUAACAUUUUGAAAACAAUUUUAUGUAACUUACUCAUGCUUAUGGAGUUCAUUAAAAGUUGAUUUUUAUCUAUGGUGUCUCACUAAUAUGUGACGUUACACGACUGUCAUUCAAACAUCAAACGAUACAAUGUAAUGCCACUUUGAAUCUUAUUUUACUAGCGUGUGACGUCAUUUUAGUCUUCGCCAAUCCCAAACCGUUUUUGGUCACUUGACUAUAGAUAAAAGACUGUUAUCUUUUAUGAAAAAUUUACAUAUUAAUUAUUUUUUCUCUAAAAAUAGUAAAAACCCUACCAAUAUUCAUUCUUAAUACAAAUGGUAACAUUUAGUACCUUAUUUGUAAUACUGUCAAAUACUGUAUUAGAAGAAUUUACUUACAACAAUAUUAUGUAAAAAAAACAUAUUUCGUUAAAUUGAUUUUAUUAUUAAUAUUAAUUAGACUAAGCUUAAAAGAUUAAGUGGUUUUAUGUAUUCCAACUGCAAUCUGUAUUUAUUUAAGUAAUAUUUCGACAAAAGAAGGUUAAUCAUAGGGUUGCCAUGUCUCCAGAUAUAGAUAUUUUUAUACAAAAAUAUGUUUUGAAACGUAAGGGAAAAGGAAACGGCAAUAAAUUUAUUCAACUAUGAAAAUAAGUUUUUUAGUAGAUUAUUUUUUACAAUGCAAUCUAUUUAUGUGUAAGUGAGUACUGUUGACCGUAUUUAAAAAAACAAUUUUAAAAUGUUUUUAGCUAACCGAAAUUUAUGGCAACCCUCUUAAAACCAAAUUUUAUAGUUUCACACUAAGGUUCUAUAGUAAGUCUUAUUUUUUGCUAAGGGUACCUCUAAAUAUGUUGAUUUUAAAAAUGUGUGAAAGAUACACACUACAGAUGUGAUAUUUGUCUGUGAUAAUUUAAAAAAAAAGACAUUAAUUAGUCCAAACUAGGUCUCUAUUAGGAUUUCUCGUAACUUCAUAAAAUUACUUGUUGAUUGAUGCUAUAGAGCAAAUCGUCAUGAUUAAACAAGGUUCAGCUAUGUGUAAAUACAUUAGAAUUAGCAGUACCCUUAGUACGAACCAAUAUCGAUUGAUGCAUCAAUAGUCAAGAUUUUUUGUAUGGAUGAUUUUUAAUACCCAUUACAUUUGCUGUGGUGCUGUUCAAAUUUCCAUACAACAUUUCUCGACAUUUGACACAUAACGAGUUUGAAUUCAACUAUUCGAAUUCAAUAUUAGUUUGCGCUAAGGAUACUAGUGCAUGUCUUAUUAGAACAAGUUUAAAUUCACCCUAAUAACAUAAACAUAAAUUAUUUUAAAUACUCAUUUAUGUGAGGAGAAUUCAUUUGUUUGGUUCACAAAGUAACAAAUUUUGAAUGGGAUAUUUAUGUUACUCAGUGUUUCAUAACUAAAUUCACCAAAAAGUUUUCAGCUAAUUGUGAAAUGAAAUUACGUCAAUUGACAUUAAAAUAGAGUUGUGAUUGCACAUAUCUGAAUUCACCUUAACUUUAUUCAUUGUUAUUCAUUUGUUUUACAACUCUUUGGCACAUUGAUUUUUUUUAAAGUAUUUUUUAAAUAUGUAUGUUGUUAAUAAUAGUUUUGGAAACUUAUCGUGAGAUUAUAAUUAUUUCUUCAGUAAAUAGAGGUCCCUUUCUUUUAAAGGAUUUUUAAUAGUGUAGAAAAAAGUUUAAAUAAUUGUGGUUAAUUUUAAAAGAAAACUGUAAGUAUUUGAAUUUUUGGAUUGGGUUCUCAUUAAACAUCUCCUUAUCUCACUGA